GUGUCCUAGGCUUAGGAGCUGAAGGCCCCAGGGAGGGAGCUCUUAGGAGACAGUGAAAUACUGCACAAAUUGCAUCAUUUUCCCAAUGAAUUUUAUAUUGUUCAUUUUUUUAUCUGGGUUUUUCUUCUCAGGGGUUAGUAACUUGAAACCCAACAUGAAAGAUGCGAUGGAGCAUGAUAAAGAAGAGGAAAAUCUGGCCAAUGAUUUUAAUGCACAUGGAGCGAAAAGGAAUACAGAGGCUGAUCCUCCAGAGCAAGAAGGACAGGCGCCUACGGAUAAUGAUAAAACUAGCCAUCAGUAUAAAGAUACAAGACAAUUUCUCCAGGCCUGGAAGUCCAACGUCUGUUCUAACUGAUCAAAUAAAGCCUCUCCCCACAGCGCGAGAUGAGUUCGUCACACAAAAUCCAAACAGUAAUGAUUCUGAAAUAACUGUGAAAGCAACAACAGAUCUGACUUUUGCCCUGAAGAACUAUAAAAUCAACACUACAACUGAAAUUCCCACCACGGAAGAACACGAACCUAUUGCAUCCCCUCAAAAAACUAAGCAAAAAACAACCCCAACAGUGCCUGCACUUUGGACAAAAUUAGUUGAAGCUGUAAGUGGAACGACUGUGGGCACAGGUGAUAAAGAUCAAUUAUUUCAACCAAUUCCAAGCUCUGAUGAGAACGAUACAAGUGCAGAAGACCACCUACCAGGCCUAGAGGAUUUCAAGCUCACAUUAAUUCUGGGCCUCACGCUGAUAACCCUCAUCAUUGUUAUCAUUCUUUUGGCUUUCUGCAUUGCUGUACUUUUCAAAUUGGGGAACCUGAAUUGCAAAAGAAGAAAGAGGCAAUACUUCAUCAACCCAGAGCUGGCCAAACGUUCUUAUUUCCACCCUUCCAAAGAUGUAUCAGACACCUCAUUUUCUAAAAGUACACAGAGCAGCACAUUUGAGGACACCAGCUCUUCAGAUCCAAGAAAAUCAACUUGAGAAAGUUGAAAUCUUAAAAUAUAACAGAUUUAACUUCCCCAAGCUCAGAAGACACAGGUGUCAGAUUAGUCAGAUUUACUCACCAGUAAGAAGCCAAAUGAUGAAAUCAAUACUGAUGAACAGAUAACUUUAAUUUUUGUCAUAUAUUAAUUCCAUAAUUUUGAAAUUGCUUACAUUUAAAUGUUCUGGUGUCUUCAAAGGAGGACACAUUUAAAUAAAAGUUGUCUUUU